AUGUGGAAAUUGCUUGUUUGCUCCGUUCUCGUUCAAUCGUCUUUUCACAUCGAUCUCGUCGCGGGGGAGCGUAGCGUAAAGUUCCUUACCGGAAAUUGCUCCUUCAACCCGAAGUAUUUUAAAAACUUCUCCAUGACUAUCGUUAAUAAUUUGAUGAACAUGGACAUGCAUCUGAACAGACCCAUUCAGAGGGGCUUCAAGGCUCACGUGGACAUUCUACUGCGCCUAGCCAAUGCCAAGAACUUCCAGUCCGUGUUCAACCAGAAGACCGAUGUCUGUGCGAUUACAUCGAGUGUCAAGAACACCCUGUUUAAGAGCUGGUUCAAGGAUAUGAGCAAGAACAGCAACUUUAUGUACAACUGCCCAGUGACGGUGGGUCACUAUUACAUGCACAACUGGCGGAUGGGGAGUUCCAUGACCCACAAGUUCCUCAUCCCAGGUGAAUAUCGCGGCAAACUUUCUUUCUUCUAUGGCAAAUACGGGACGAAGUCCUUCGAAGAAACAUUGAGUCUGACCAUUGACACGAUCCUUUCUAACUAG